CUAUAUAUUUAAUUACUAGUAGCAAUUUAUCGUGUAUAUGAAGUAAACAGACUUGAAUUAAAUUCUUAAUAUACAUACCUAUCAUAUUAUUAUGUUUACAGAAUUUCUAUAUUUUUUUUCUUUAUUAAGACAACAAAAUACACUGAUUUUUUUGAAACUAUGAAACUUAAUAUUAACACACAAAUUAAUGGACCAAAUAUUACGUUAGUGCCUUACAGAAAACAUCAUGUACCAAAAUAUCAUAUGUGGAUGAAAUCAGAGGAACUACAAAGACUCACUGCAUCAGAACCUCUGUCCUUAGAACAAGAGUAUGAAAUGCAAAAAUCUUGGCAAGACGAUGAAGACAAAUGUACGUUUAUAAUAUUGCAGAAGAAUACAGAAACAAAUGAAAUAGAUUCAAUGAUAGGUGAUACAAAUAUAUUUGUAACAGACAAAGAAAAUUAUAUUGGAGAAAUAGAAAUAAUGAUAGCAGAAGAGUCUGCAAGAGGAAAGAAACUUGGUUGGGAAGCUGUAAUUUUAAUGUUGAUUUAUGGUAUUAAAUAUAUCAAUCUUAAAAUGUAUGAAGCAAAAAUAUCAUUAAGUAAUAUUAUAAGUAUACAAAUGUUUAAAAAGUUAGGUUUUAGUGAGAAAUCAAAAAGUGAAAUAUUUCAAGAAGUAACUUUGCAGAAAGAAGUUACGAAGGAGUGGAUUGUUUGGCUAGAAAAUAAAUGUAAAUAUACUAUAGAGAAUUACUCUUAAUAAAAAUAAUGAUUUAACAUUAUUUAAUUUCUAAAA